AUGAUCGAGAUCGCCAGCAUCUUCGGCCGCAAACGCAUGAAGGUCUGCGCCGCCAUGCACGGCUCCGUCUUCGAGACCAACAUCGAGACCAUCGGCGACAAGGGCUUCACGCUCGAGCGGAUCGUGGUGUGGGCUAGUUGCCGGGAGAAGGAGCAGGGGCCCCUGAGCGGGGCCGAGGGCCAGGCUAUUGCGUUUCUGGAGGGGUUGCUGGAGCUGGAUCCGCAGAAGAGGUUGAGUGCGAAGGAGGCGCUGAAUCAUGAGUUUUUUGUCACGCCGGAGCUGGAUGAGCUGGUUGGCGAGGAGGUGGAGGGAGAUGAUGGUCAAGAUGGGAAUGGGGAGGUUGAUCGGUAG